AUGGUGUCCGUUCGUAAGCGUAAGAUGGCCAAAUCGUCGGUCAAAAAGGCCACGAGGCGCAUGAAGGACAGACAAAGAAAGGUGAGAAACUUUGGAAACUCCAUUAUUGCGGCAAACUGGGAUCCAAAGCUGUCUCUGUCACAGAACUAUGAGAAAAUGGGUCUGAAAGUGCGGCUGUCACAACAGACCGGAGGAGUAGAAAAGAAAAUCACCCCGCAGUUUCCUGAAAGCGAUGAUGAGUUUGUCGUUGAUGAGACUGAGGAAGAGGAAGAAAAGAAGGACGAAUCAAAGGACUCUUUAGAUCCAGCAGAUAUUCCCGAGGGAACAGCAAAGCUUGUGCGUGAUGAUGGGGGAAAUGUCAUCAAAGUGAUCUAUGGUACAAAAAAGAUAACGCAGGAAGUUGAACAGGAGAAGCCUUCCACGGAAGUGGUCAAGAAACUUGAGGAACUUGCUCAGCACAAGGUGAUCAAGGAACGCAAACAGAGCGCAAGAGAGGUCGAUUGGUUAGCCGAUCUGUACAAAAAGUAUGGAGACGAUUAUGAAAAGAUGAAAUGGGACAAAAAACUGAAUCCGUAUCAGCACAGUGCAGGCGAGCUGAAGAAGAGAAUUACCAAAUGGAAGAAAACCCAGGGCAUGGGCGCGUAA